AUGGCAGGGUUCACCUUUGCAAAUUCCGCCGAUAAAGUCCCCGGUGACGGGGCUCUCCCCACGGAGUUUACGAUCACCGCUCCCCCAUCCACAGACGUGUGGGCCAAACCCCCCUCCACCGAGCGGUUCAACGCUCCCAUCCUCUACAAAACCAUUUCGUUAAACACAUUCAAGCGCGCUCGAGUCGCAUUCUCCGCCAACUGGAGCCAGAAAUAUGACCAGGGUGGCCUCAUUCUCGUCCUCAACGGCGCCAAUGGCAGUCGCAAAUGGGUGAAAACCGGCAUCGAGCUCACUCACGGCAAACCCCACCUCAGCACCGUGGUUAGGGAUCGCUGGGCAGACUGGAGUCUGCUGCCAGUCCCGUCAGGCGGCGCGGGUGCGACAGUGGAGAUUGUGAGAGAGCCCGACGAUAGCUUGUGGAUAUAUCUGGUCGAGGGCGUCUCGAAGAACCCAAUUCGAGAGGUGACCUGGAUUUUUGCAGAGGAAGAUGUCACUGAUUGCUGGAUUGGGUUCUAUGCGGCGAGACCCUCGAGCGAGGGGGGAGACUUGGUUGUUAACUUCGCUUCCCAUGUGCUUGAUGUCACGAGCACGUAA